CGAACACUCGUGACACAAUCAUAACAAGCUUCAGACGCUUUUCGACAAUUGCAAGUCAAAAUCACAAUGUUUAAGCUUCUGUGCCUGUUUGCCGUUAUCGCAGCAGUCUCCGCUAUGCCUCGCGUACCAGAAUGGCCAGCACCAGGGCAAGCCUCUGCGGAAAAAGUCCAGCAACCGUUCCACCAACUGAUGCAGAACAAUCCACAACACAACAAACAACAAGGAGUGACCUUAACAGCUGGGGAUGAUAUGGACAAGGCGGAGUCGUUCGGGUUCGGUUAUCAUCGUUACUACUCCUAUCCAGCUUACUAUUACCCGACCUAUUACUAUGGAUACUAUCCAAGCUACUACUACGGUUACUACUGGUAGCUUGUUGUAGUGAACGACUUAUGUGACAAAA